GUCAAGUGUUUCAUAUUUAAUACAGGUUCAGCUCGAAAGCCUCCCUGAAAGAAUUUGUUCGAAGUGCAGACAAGGCUCUCUUCGACCUACGUUAUAAAUACAGAUGUUAACAUAUGCCUACGAGACACACGAUCGGCAAUUUCUCGCUGACUGCGGCGAAAUUAUGAACUAAUAUGCAGAUGAUCGCCCUUGCAGAUGGCGGAUCUCGACACUGCUGCCGUUCAAGUUGCGAGGCAACUGGUCGAGACUACCCCAGACGACCAUCCUAACCGGGCGGCGCGCAUACGCAGCCUUGCACUCCAGCUCGGUGAAAGAUUUGGAAAAACAGCAGUUCGUGCUGAUAUCGACGAAGCUGUUUAUUUGUCUCGAGAGUCGAUAGAUCGGAUAGUGGACAAACAUGAUCGAGCCAAACAUCUUGAUACUCUCGGGACCCAUCUUUCGCAGAGAUAUCUCCAGACAGGAGACGCGAGCGACCUCGAAGAAGCGAUCCAGGUUUCUGAACAAGCAAUCGAAGCUUGCGAGCGGUCGAUGCUACCCCAAAUGGUCCAAAUCGAGCUAGAUACCAGGCUAACCUUGGAAAUCGUCUGGGUGACAUAUAUACGAGCAGGUGCUUUGGGCGACCUUGAGGAAGCAAUCCAAGUAAUGAGGCAAGCCGCCACUCAUGGUGCCAACGACAACACGGAAAAAGCCAUGUAUCUCACAAGCCUUGGGAAUAAGCUUGCCGAUAGAUUCGAAAGGACUGGUCAUAUCGAAGACCUCGAUGAGGCUAUCCAAGUAUCACGGCAAGCGGUCAAAAUUACACCAAGCGGCCCAGCUCGUGCAACAUAUCUCAGCAAUCUCGCAAACCAACUUGACGAUAGAUAUCUGAGAAAGGGCACAGUCGAUGACCUCAAAGAAGCGAUUACGAUAGCUAAUCAGGCCGUUUCUUGUGCCACUGCUGGCCCAAGUCGUGCUAUAUAUUCGCGUGUAGGGGAUAUGGGCGACCUUGAUGAAGCUAUCCGAUUCGCAUGGCAAGCAGUUGACCUGACGCCGAACAAUCAUCCAGAUAGAGUCAAGUAUUUGGAUAACCUUGGAAGCAGACUCGGCGACAGAUAUAUCAGGACAGAAGCCAUUUCUGAGCUUGAAGAAUCUAUUCAGAUUGCACGAAGGGUGGUCAAGUCGACUCCAAAGGACCACCCGGAUUUACCUAGGUAUCUUGGUACACUCUCAGCCCGGCUUGACGACAAACACAUAAGGACAGGAGCUACGCUUGAUCUCGAAGAGGCUAUUCAAUUAUCAAAGCAAAUAAUCGGUGCAACUUCAGAUGACCAUCCUAAUCGGACGAUGUAUUUGAGUAAUCUUGGAAACCAGCUGAAUAAUAAAUAUUCGAGGACUAAAAGCAUGUCGGAUCUUGACGAGGCUAUCAGGGUCACUAGGCAAGCUGUUGAUUCAAUACCAAAGGAUCGCAUAGAACGGGCGGCAGUCUUACGAAACCUUAGUGUUCAACUCGGAGAUAGGUUCGAAAGUACAAGCUCUCUAAACGAUAUCGAGGAAGCCAUCCAAGUGGCAAGAGAAGCCGUGUAUGCCACACCUCUUGCCCACCCAGACCGUGCUUCUUGCAUGGUCUCUCUUGGAUAUAGGCUAGAAGAUAGAGAUAACACCGAAGAUAGAAACGACGUCGAUGAAGCUAUUGUAUUGUAUCAGGGGGCCUUACAGCUCUCCAGUUCAACUCUUAUAACCCGCAUAGAAGCCGGCCAGGCUCUUCUUCAUUGUUCCUCGGACUGGGAGCAAUGCUAUGAGGCUGCAAAAUUAGCAGUGAGCUUGAUCCGUGGGCUCACGUUACGAUCGCUCGAGAACUCGGACAGACGGCAUCUACUCCGCCAGGUAGUUGGCCUAGCCUCUGAUGCGGCAGCCGUAGCCCUGCGGGCGGAUAAGGGGCCGUUGGCUGCACUAGACCUCCUUGAACAAGGCCGUGGUGUGCUCUGGGCCUCAGUUGAAGAGAUACGGGCCGAUAUACUUCCGCUACAGGAAAGGAACCCCGAGUUGGCAAGGGCUUUUAUCCGUCUCCGUGAGGAACUAGAGACACCACCUUCUGUCGAUACAAAUGCCCUAGACGGACCCGACAAGGCGUCUUGGCUGGCCAAAGCAAAUCGGCGUUACGAUGCGGGGAAAGAAUUUGACAAGCUAGUUGACGAAAUACGCAAGUUAGCCGGAUUCGAGGGUUUCUUGGGCCUGGCCAAAGAAACUGACAUCAAGGCUGCUGCGAGCCAUGGUCCAAUCGCCGUCAUUAAUAUCAGCGAGUAUGGUUGCGAUGCCAUACUCAUCGAGCAAGAUCAACUCAAGGUUGUCGAGCUGAGCAGUCUCUCCGAAGAACAAGUCGCUGAAAGAGCAAAUAACGGGGACCUUGGACACUUGGGGGUGCUCGAAUGGCUCUGGGAGACCAUUACAGAGCCGAUUCUGGAGGCGCUUGGUUUUGAUAAGCCCCCUGAUGACGCCGCCGACUGGCCCCAUAUAUGGUGGAUUCCAACAGGCUCUCUAACCAGGUUUCCUCUCCACGCGGCAGGAUACCACCGCAGGCAAUCUUCCGAGGCGGUCCUUGACAGAGCCAUGUCAUCUUAUAGUACUUCCAUCAAGGCCAUCAUAGAUGCACGCCGACGCAACAAUACACCCACCGCGGCUCGAGCGCUUUUUGUGGCCAUGGAGAAUACGCCAGAGAGCACCCCGCUCCGGUUUGCGAACGAAGAAGUUGCGACUGUGAAAACCAUCUGCAGGUCGAUUCCACUCGAUGCUGUCGAGCCAGGACGGCGUAGAGAAGAUGUCACGUCGUAUUUGCGAGACUGUAGGGUAUUCCACUUCGCUGGCCACGGAUACACGGACACAGAAGACCCAGCAAAGAGUCACUUUCGCCUGGAGGACUGGAAGGACAACCCACUCACGGUGGCCGAUCUACUAGAGAUGAAUCUUCGCGAGCAUUCGCCUUUUUUGGCUUAUCUUUCAGCAUGUGGUACUGGCCAGGUCAAAGACGAGAGAUAUAUCGACGAGAGUGUUCAUUUAAUAAACGCCUGUCAGCUAGCGGGUUUUCGGCAUGUUAUAGGAACCCUUUGGGAGGUCAGCGAUACAAUAUGCAUAGACAUGGCGAGAAUCACGUACGAAGUCAUUAGAGAUGGAGGUAUGACUGACGAGUCGGUGUGUCGAGGCCUUCACAUGGCAAGUCGGGCACUCCGAGACACUUGGCGAAGCGGCUCAUUUCUCGGAAACAAAGAUGCAAGCGGCGCCAAUAUUGGUACCCAAACACAUCGGAGGCCCAAAAGGCUACCGAGAGAUGCAUCUCUGUUAAUACAGCGCGAUAAGGUAGCACCUUUACACUGGGUUCCGUUUUAUAAUAAUCUAAGCUUAUAA